AUGACUGAAUUCGAACUCGAUCCUAUCGCUAUUUACGAUAAUCUUGUAACUUUGCAAGUUAAACCACAAUCAGGAGGAAAGAAUGCUAAUAACGAGGCCCAAUUAUUAUCCAACUUACGAAUAGACACAGCUUCUGUCAUUAAGGAAAUUGGUCGAUACCGUGCAUGUGACUCAGGAUCAUGCCUUUAUUGUCGUGAAUGGGCUUCAUUUGUCUACAAGAAAAACCAUACUUGGACAGUCAAAAACCAAGCUCAAAACGUUAAUGGAGAUAACGUUGGAGGAAAUAACGUUAAGAAACCAAAGAAGGCCGCGUCGGAUAUUCAUCAACACUUUUGUGAUCUGAUUCUUCAGCAUGGAGAAAAGAUCAAAUCAUCCGGAUCAUCUAAUGAAACGGCCGAUCUAGUUGAUGUUAUUGUUCAAAAAGUUUUUUCAUGGAUUAAAUCACCAAGCAAUUUGUAUGAAUCACCCGAUACCUUUGCUCCUGUAGAAUUCGAUACGCAUCAUCAAGUGGUACCAAACCUCGAACAUGAAAAUGAUCCGUCGUCUCUUAUUGAUGUAAUUGGGAUUGAAAAAUCUCAUUUAUAUAUUCAAAAGGAUUCGUUUCCACUUCUUAAACAUAUUAGCAAGGUUCAACAAUGUAACCAUACUAAACCGGAUUGGAAAUAUCCUUCCGACAUUGACCUUGAUCGGAGAGUAUUUAAUGAUCAUUUAUUUAAGGAGGCGGAUAAAAAUGAGGAGGCUUUAAACGAAAGUUUAGGUCAAGUAUGGUCACAUGUUAAUAAUUUUCUAACUUCAAUGCUUGAAUUGGAAGCAAAACGAGAUUUAUCUUUGGGGAAGGGUUGUCUAGCGAACCUUUCAAAAUUCUUGAAAGAAUAUCAGGACGAAUGUCUGUUAUUUCAUGAAUAUUGGGCGCCAGUUGCUGAAGCUUAUAAAAAGUCGGGUAAAUCCAAGAAAGGGACCCUUACAAAUUUGGCAAAUGUUGAGGAUAUAGACACUGCAUUUCACACGUAUAUUAAUAAUGUUAAAAAUGUGAUUUCUCUUUGGGAAGGAGGUUUUAUUGAAAAGUCCGUUAAUGACGCAACACAAUUUGGAGAUGAGGUACAGCGAACAUUAGUUAGUAUUUUAGAGGAAAGUGAAGAAAGGUUAGUUAGCGGUCGUGUUGUAGAAUUUCAUAAUAAUAUUUUGCAAAAGUGUGGUGAUGCACUAAGAACAGUGAAAGACAUUAAAUUAUUAUUAUCGAAACGUGUGUCAAUAUUACACACAGAAAUAUCCCAGAAAAGUAAAGAACUUAUCCAAGAACUUGAAGCACUCGAGGAAGCCUAUAAGAAUGAAUCCCAAAAAACAACGAUAGGUCGAUUGGAGAAGGCAAAUAAUAAAGAAUUUCGUAAGCGGAUCAAAAAAAUAGAGAUGGCAGUAUAUGGAUCUAGGCAAAAUGCCAUCAUUUCAAUUGGAAAUUUGUUUCCAGUUACUGAUUUUACAGGAAUUUUUACUAAAAGUUUGGAAAUUUUAAUGAUGGAGGGUGAAAUGUGGGAAGCUGUUCAAUUAGGACGGCAUUACAAAAAUUAUGAAUCAACGUCGCAGAAACUUGUGUCACAAAGACGGAAAAUAUUAAAUAAUUAUAAGGAGGGGAUUGAAACGGGACGGAAAACUUUGUCUGGUAUUAUCGGGCGAUUGUUUUUAAAGGAAGCUCAGAGACAGCAAGAUGAGACAUUGGCUCUAAUGAAACAAGAAUCACUUUUACAAUCGAUAGAACAAGGUAAACAGGAGUCUGGGAAGAAGAAAAAAGGCGAAAAAGAUCAAAGUAUUGCAGAAUCGGUAGAAUCUUUAACUCCUACCGAGAGUUCAAAAAAGAGUAAGAAGAAGAAAAAAAAGAGCGGUAACGUUUCAGCUACAAACACGCAUAUUCUUACACCAUCAAUGGGCAAAGAGACGGGUUCAGAAUCUAAAUCCGAAUCGCCUGUUGAUGCAAAGCCUGCAAUAAAUCCUAAAAUAACGAACCACCAUGAAAACGUUAAUGAUUCACAGAAACAAUUAAGGCAACAACAAUUUUUAAGGAAUAUGAUAACUGAAAAUAGUUCGAAAGACACGAAUAGUUCUUCGUCCAUGAGCUCAGAAACAGCAAGCGCACCACCGCUCACAAGUUCAACUCAUGAUGAGAAGAAUAAAGCUAACGGAUUGCCUAGCAAAACCCAUGAAAUCAAUGGGCGCCAAUUAUCAGUUCCACCAGGGUUGGGUCCGAUACCUGGUGAUGCAAAUCCAAGACCUAUUCCCAAUGGUCAGACACUUCCAUCGAAUGGAAUCUAUGACGAUGUUAGUAAAUUAAACCUUGAUACUUUGAGCAGGUCCGAUUUGACAAUGCUCAUUCAGAAUUUAUUUACUGAGAAAGCUCAAUUGGUGUCCACUCUGAUUUCGGUGCAACAAGAAGUCAAGGCAAUGACUGAUCGAUAUGCAAACCUUUUGGAGGUGGCUCGUGAUCGUGAAUUUCAAACAAUUCAAAUGUUUGAAACGCGAAAGCAACAAGAGAUGGAAGAGGCGAUGAAAUAUAUUCAAACGUUAGAGUUAAGAAUAACUCAAUUAGAAAAGCAGAAUCACGUAGGCAAUAAUAAUGAGUCUUCAAGUCCAAAAAAUAGCUCUUCUCCCGGGAGUCCGAUUGGAAGUUCUAGUACUAGUCAGACCACGCAAUCAUCAUCAAGUGGAUUUAGUCUCUUUCCAACCAACAGAACAAGUACAGGUGGAUCCAAAAAGUAUUCGAACCCUUGGCGAGCCCCCUCUAGCGUGAGGUGCGGUAAUUGUGGAGAUCAGGGCCACGUUAGUCAGGAUUGUACGAUUGGAUGUAGAUAUUGUGGUGAUUUGGGGCAUUUAAGUGAGAACUGUGAUUCUUCUAUUCUCGGUGGUGGUAGUGUCAAUUCUGAUAAGAGCGAUAAGGUCAUUGAUCAAAAUAAUUCAAGCCUCAUCUAA